UCCGAGACGCGCGCGCAUCCUGAGCGCCCCGGUUCCGCUUCCGAAUUUCAAAAAUCGAACGCCGAUGUAAACAAAUGACCGUUUGAGAUUGGAACGUUAUUUUGAGCAGAUUUUUUUGACAGUUAUGAUUUUAAUCUUUUAGAAUGAGAGUUUUCUAUUUGGUGAUUUUCUUUUGUUAUUCGCUUUGUUUAAUAUUUACGUGUCUUUAAUGUUUUCUGGCAUAAUGAGGAUUGCAGAGUUUUUUUCUGCUUAGUUGUACAUUUGUUGCUGAUGUGUAAAAUGUGUGUGUAUCGGUGUAUCGUGAUGAUGUGGUGUGUUUUAUUUGUCUUAAUGUUUGUGCCUGUGCAUUCAAGUUUAAUUCAAGUUAGCGAUGUAGCACAAAAUUAUACAAGCUACCCGUGCACUGACCAGAACCACCUGGUCCUCAUACCAGGCGCUCUCACUGCAGGCAGCAGCAACCGAGCUUGCGUAUCACGGUUCCACUCUGAAGGACCAGCUUAUGUGACCUUGACCUUGAAGGCUGAGGGUCAAGAAACUAAAGCUACAAGAGAUUUGCCCCCUGGCGAUGGAGGCUGCCUGGAUCUACCCGUUCCUCUGCUGCCGAAUACCAAAGCCGAAUUCAUUGUUAAUAUAAGAUACCCUGAACUCUGCACUUGGGAACGCCGUCUAACCCUCCGCAUCACCAGCGGCAGGGUCGUGGUGUUACAUACCGAAAGGGCCCGGUACCGGCCUGGGGAUACCGUUCGCGCCCGAGCCUUGGUCCUCAAGGCUGACCUCGCUCCAGUGCAUGGCAGUAUUGAAGAAAUGUGGCUCGAAGGUCCGCCCGGUGCGUGGGAAGGGACGCGAGCGGCGCAGUGGAAUCGCGUGCAGACACGGCUGGGCUUUGGACAGAUUCAGCAUGAGCUUGAUGCCCAAGCACCACCUGGACGAUGGACACUGCGAGCUAAGUUGGAGGACGGCUCACAGGGUGUGACGGAAUUCUUGGUGGGCAAUUACGAGAUACCACCAUUCCAACUCAGCGUGAAACACGCCGCCAGGGUGCUGAGAACCAGCGAGCGACUUGUCUGGACUGUGUGUGUUAGGUACCCAUGGACAGAAGCAGUGGAAGGCAUGCUAGUGAUCCGUCUCCGCGGCGCCGGCGUCAACUUCUCAACGGAUUCAACACCUGGCGUUCGUACAGCCGUCCGUCUGCGUGCUCCGAAGGCCUGCCACAGACACGCUGUAGCUGCUAGAAGGAUAGGGCUGGAUGGAGGAAACCCGCCCGAUGUUGUCGUAGCUGACUUCUCUUUCCAAGAGGAGGGUACGAGGAUCUGGCAGAACACGACGGUAGUCUCCCAAGUGGUUGACAAGGCGGUCACCCUGCAGUUCCUUACGAAGCACCGAGUGGUCCUAGCCCCUGGGCUGCCCUAUAAGUUGAAGAUAAAAGCAACUCGCUGGGAUGACAAGCCAGCAUCGAACGAGCUUGUCCGCGUGUGUCGUUCACCGGCUGAACGCACCGAGGCGUCAUGUGACGACGCAACGACGGACGCUAGAGGCGUCGCCAGGGUCAUGUUCACUGUGGACGAUGACGCCAAUGUCCUAUAUAAAUUUCAAGCAACUCUCAAAAAUGAAAGCAGCACAGCAGCGUCCCCACUAUACCUGCCAGUCCGAAGAUCAGGAUCCAUACAUGCUGCGCUCGGGCCCCUGCGCGGCGACGCCAACGCACGGAGCCUCGUGCCCCUUUACUUAAGCAAGGAGGUUGAUACUGCGCUGAGCGUGCAUUUUGUGGUAAUAACCCGCGGAGGCACCAUCUACCGCUGGGGCGUGACCACCCAGUGCCCAAUAUCCUCCUCAACCAAUCAAAUUUAUGCUGCACCAAGGAACAGCAAGUGUCCUCAAGCCCACCAAUCCGAUCACAGCAGUGACUUACUGGACAGACAAAUCUACCAAUCAGGCAACAGCAGUGGCUUCAUCCACCAAUCCGAAGGCAGUGAUCUUCUGGAUAGACAUUUGCUGCGAGUCAUGCUGCCAAUCAAGAUGACACAUCAGAUGUGCCCGGAUAGCCAUUUGGUGGCAUAUUUUUAUCAUAGUGGGGAGUUGGUCAGUGCUGUUAAGCAUAUUGAGAUGGAAGAGUGUUUUGUUAACAAGGUGGAACUUAACUGGCUCUCCCGCCAAGUAGCACCGGGCGCCAGCGCCUCCCUCUCCAUCAGCACCAACGAAUUAGCCCUCUGCGGCCUCUCCGUGUUGGACUCGGCCUCGCGCUGGCUGGCCCCCGUGCCGUCAGCCAAGGACUCCAUCAUGGAGCGGCUGAGGAAUAUCAUCGUUAGUCAUAGGAACUUGACGGAGUAUGAUGCUAAUGGAAAAUGUUUUCUGACGUCAGACGAAGCAGUUCCAACACCCAGCUCCGUCCUCACGCACUUGGCGGAGGGCGGCGUGCGCGUCGCCGGCGGCGCGGGGCACGCGUGCGCACCAGCGCCGGCGCCGGCGCCGCUGCGCGAACAUGCGCAGCCUAGGACCGACUUUUCGGAGGCCUGGCUGUGGCGCCUGGUGGCAGUUGGCGUGAACGGGACAGUAAUAACCAGUGCACGAGCACCGGACUCUAUAACACGUUACGAGGCCACGGCGCUUUGCGUGGCAAGAAACGGCCUCGCUGUAUCCCCACCGGCCUCCUUACAGGUGUUCCGUGAAUUCUUUAUCCAUGCUGAUGGACCGAAGCGACUGAAGCGAGGAGACUCGUCGAUUAUUCAAUACCGCAUCUUCAACUACCUUUACGAGUCCCUUAAUAUCGAGAUUCAAGUACUAGCUGAUCCGCACAUAGAAGUGCCGGACCGUACCGAGGUGGCGGCGAUGCCAGCUCGUGCAAGCGUGACGCGGCGCGUGACGCUACGCGCUGCGUUGCCAGGUUCAGCGCGGCUCGCUAUACGCGCGCGUGCACCUUCUCAAGGAGUCAGUGACGAGAUAAUCAUCCAGAUCCAAGUGGCUCCAGAGGGUGUUCCAGCUCAGGACUAUCACUCCGCUCUACUCUGUGGACCAGGUAGUGAAGUGUCCAGCACGUCUGAAGUGUCCUGGUCUUGGCCCAAAGUUGACGCUAUACCCGGCUCUGAAUCCGUCACAGUUUGGGCCAUAGGGGACAUCGCUGGACCAUUACUCGCUGAUGCAGAUUCCCUAGUGCUACUGCCGCGAGGUUGCGGAGAACAGAACAUGGCUCGACUUGCCACCAACCUUCUGGCCCUCAAACAGUUGGACCCUAAGAGCCCAGCAGCUUCGUCUGCUAAAGAACACGUAGCUAGGGGAUUCACUCGUCAGCUUCAAUACACGCAUCCCUCGGGUGGAUUUAGCGCGUUCGGUGCCUCUGAUGACCCAUCUACAUGGCUCACCGCCUUCACUCUUAGAUACCUGAGAAAAGCACAUGAGGUGAUCUCACCAGGCAUGCCACCGCCGCCGGCGCUGCGUCGAGCGGAGCGCUGGCUGAUGUCGCAACAAAUGGAGAACGGAUGCUUCAGGAAUGAGGGACAGGUCUUCCACAGGGAGCUCAAGGGUGGACUCAACGAAGACGGCGAGAUCGCCAACGUAGCGCUAACCGCCUACGUAAUCACCUCCCUAGUAGAAGGGGUAUCUGAUCUCCCCUACAAACUCCUCAAGAACACCCUCCACUGCCUCCGUGCUUUACCCCCCUUGAAGACUAAAUCACCGAACAGAGUCUACGCUCACGCUGUUCUAGCCUACGCAUUUAUGAGACUGGGGAGGUAUGAGGAGGACUUGAGGAGAAGCAACGAGGCGAGCCCAGGGGUGGAGGGGUUGGAAGACGACGAGGAUGUUAGGGAGCUGCUCGAGCUGAUGAGGAUGGCGAGGAGGAAGGAGGAGUUUGUUUGGUGGGAGACGAGCAGUCUGGCGACGUCAGUAGAGGCGACGGGCUACGCGCUACUCGCGCUCGCGUCGUGCCCCCGCACGUUGCGCGCCAGCUGCGCGCACGACGCGCGCGCCGCCGCGCGCUGGCUCUCCACGCGCCGCAACGCGCAGGGCGGGUUCGCUUCUACACAGGACACCCUAGUGGCCCUAGAGGCGCUAACCGCCUGGACUGCGUCACAACCCCCUGCGCCGGCGCACCUCACCGUGACAGUCAAGAGCGGGAGCGCGACAUCCAGCGUCCUGCUCACACCUGAAGCUAAGGUGCCGGAGCUUAUGAAGAUGCCGAUGGGGAUGCUGGAGGUGACUGUGGAAGGGUCCGGAUGCGCGCUGGUCCAAGCUACGCGCGCCUACCACACUCUUACACCGGUAUCCAGUGACAGCCUGCUAUCUGUACAGGUAUCGGUGCGCACCGACGGCGCCUUCAACUGCGACAAUGGUACCAACUGCUUCUGCGCUGCUGUUGUUGAGGCCUGUGUGGUAUGGACGGGCGAGUUCCCAGAGAUGGCGCUACUGGACAUCACGCUGCCCGGCGGCUUCGGCGCAGACGCAGCGCUACUCUACGCUCAGCUGCAGAAGACUGAUACACUUCUCCGUCGCAUCGAGUUGUCCCCAAGCGCUGGUCGCGCCACACUGUACCUCGCAGCGCGUGGUGGCCGUCUGCGCGGAGCUCACAGAUGCUUCUCCGUCCACGCCGUGGGACCUGCUGCGGCCACCAAACCGGCUUACGUCAGGGCUCAGGAUUAUUAUGUACCAGCGCAUAAUGACACGCAGAUGUACACGAUACCUGAGGAUUGUCCAUCGAGGAUCUCGCAAAGGAGCAACGACUAUUUACGUUCAGACAACUUGUUCACCAAAUCCCUGUCAGAAGACGGUGAGAUCCUGAUAAACGACGAAUUUACUUUCGAGGAUGUGGCUGACGGUAUUCCUCUAGAAGAUCCUAUUUACGAUAAUCUGACAAAAAAAGAUGAGACAGAAAAUAAAAAUACGAAUCAAAAAGCCAGUAACUUAGUAGCAGAUAAUGAAAGGAAACCUAAAUUAGAAUCUGAAAAUGAAAUCAUUAGAAUUGAUGAUAAAAUUGACAAGAAUUUCGACAAUAUAGAUGAUAGUGUUGAUAGUAACGUUAAUCCAGGAAUAAACAAUAAGACUAACGUAGAUAAACCCGUUGACGAUUCAGAAAAAGAACUUCCAGAAAAGAAAGAAGUAAAAACAGAGCAUAGAAUAGAAAUAAGAGAUGAUAGUAAGCAAGAGGCAGGGGUGGAUAAUCCGAAGCUAUCUAGUUUCCAUGUGGUGAAUUCGGCGAAAGAUCUGGAUGUUCCCGAAGGGAUUGAAGGACCGGUGCCUGCGGUUGUAUUGCCUCCUCCGAAUUUUGUACCGGUUCCACCUAUUACAGCGGCACCUGACGUAGCCUUCCCGUCUGUCCAAGCCAACCCAAAGGCGUUCUACAGCUACCCGCCCUACGGUUACUACAUCUAUUCUGAACCUAGGCAUAGAUACGUGUAUAAGCGCUAG